UCAUCUCUUCGUAUCCUUUUUGGUUCAUCUCUUUCUCUUUCACACACUCACAAGAAAGCAAAACACAAAGAUGGUUCUUUCAAGAACACAAACGAACAGUGAUGAAUCUGUUUGCACCAUGUUCGGAUCUCGCUAUGUUCGCACUACACUUCCCAAGUAUGAGAUCGGUGAGGCUUCGAUACCUAAGGAUGCUGCGUAUCAGAUCAUAAAAGAUGAGUUGAUGCUUGAUGGUAACCCUAGGCUUAACCUAGCUUCGUUCGUGACUACAUGGAUGGAACCAGAGUGUGACAAACUCAUCAUGGACUCUAUCAACAAGAACUAUGUUGACAUGGAUGAGUACCCUGUCACCACUGAACUUCAGAACCGAUGUGUGAACAUUAUAGCUAGGCUGUUCAAUGCGCCACUCGAGGAAACUGAGACUGCGGUGGGAGUAGGAACAGUUGGUUCUUCGGAAGCCAUCAUGUUAGCUGGAUUGGCCUUUAAAAGAAAAUGGCAGAACAGACGCAAGGCUGAGGGUAAACCCUAUGACAAACCAAACAUUGUCACUGGAGCCAAUGUUCAAGUGUGCUGGGAGAAAUUUGCUCGAUACUUCGAGGUGGAGCUAAAAGAAGUAAAGCUAAGUGAAGGUUACUACGUGAUGGAUCCAGACAAAGCAGCAGAGAUGGUGGACGAGAACACAAUCUGUGUCGCAGCCAUAUUGGGGUCAACACUCAAUGGUGAGUUCGAAGAUGUGAAGCGUCUCAAUGACUUGCUGGUCAAGAAAAAUGAGGAAACUGGUUGGAACACACCUAUCCCUGUUGAUGCAGCAAGUGGAGGGUUCAUUGCUCCAUUUAUCUAUCCUGAGUUGGAAUGGGACUUUAGACUUCCUUUGGUUAAGAGUAUCAACGUGAGUGGUCACAAGUAUGGACUUGUCUAUGCUGGUAUUGGUUGGGUCGUGUGGAGAGCACCAGAGGAUUUGCCUGAAGAGCUUAUCUUUCAUAUUAACUAUCUUGGUGCUGAUCAACCCACUUUUACUCUCAACUUCUCCAAAGGAUCGAGCCAAAUUAUUGCUCAAUACUACCAGCUCAUUCGUCUUGGGUUCGAGGGAUACAAAAAUGUGAUGGAGAAUUGCAUAGAGAACAUGGUGGUACUCAAAGAAGGAAUAGAGAAAACAGAGCGUUUCAACAUAGUCUCAAAGGACCAAGGAGUACCAGUGGUAGCCUUCUCACUCAAGGACCAUAGUUUCCACAACGAGUUCGAGAUCUCUGAGAUGCUACGUCGUUUUGGCUGGAUUGUCCCGGCUUACACUAUGCCUGCGGAUGCACAGCACAUCACGGUCCUGCGUGUUGUCAUAAGGGAAGAUUUCUCAAGAACACUCGCUGAGAGACUAGUGUCAGAUAUCUCAAAGGUGCUUCAUGAGCUAGAUACCUUGCCUUCCAAGAUAUCGAAGAAGAUGGGAAUAGAAGGGAUCGCGGAAAACGUCAAGGAGAAGAAGAUGGAGAGAGAGAUUCUGAUGGAAGUCAUUGUUGGAUGGAGGAAGUUUGUGAAGGAGAGGAAGAAGAUGAAUGGUGUUUGCUAAGUAAGUGUGUUUGGUGUUUGUGUGUUAAUAAAGGAUGUACUCGUGAGGACUUGUGUUUAUUUAUGUGUUUGGUAUCUCUAUUUGAGCAAGUUAUUAUGGAUCUUAUAAGCUUGAAACUCAUUUAAGCCUUUGUUAUUGAACUUUUAUGAUGUCUUAAAUUAAAAUGUUUCUCCUAAGUA